AUGAAGGAAUCUGGGUCGAUUGUCGUCGCUCCUUUAUUUCCACCGACGUCAACCCCCUACUUCGACUCGUUCGUCCUCUGGCAAUUCAGCCUUCUCCAUGCUGCCAAGAAGAUCGAUUUCAGAAAACGAUACACAAUCUACUCGCCAAAAGACGGUCAACCAUGUAUGGAUCACGAUCGUGCCAGUGGAGAAGGCGUCGGACCACAAGAGUACACACUGAUCAAGUUGAAGGUAUUGGAUCCAAAACCACAGGCAUUGGCUCAUAUCAAAGAGGAUAUCUACUUGGUGGCAGCCACGUUGAGACCUGAAACGAUGUACGGACAAACGAAUUGUUAUCUCCAUCCGGAUAUUCAAUAUUCUAUAUUCUAUGCAACGGAAAAUGAGAGUCAAGUGUUUGUGGCAACUGCUAGAUCUGCUAGGAUUAUGUCAUAUCAAGGAUUGACGAAAGAGAACGGAAAGGUUCGAUAUGUCGCUGGACUCGAGAAGAUUGCUGGUGCUAAACUUCUAGGCGCUCCUCUCUCCGCCCCUCUCGCCAAGUACCAAAGAGUUUAUGCUCUUCCAAUGCUCACUAUCAAGGAUGAUAAGGGAACUGGAGUCGUCACAUCUGUCCCUUCAGAUUCUCCAGAUGAUUUUGCUGCUCUUUCAGAUCUCAAGAAGAAGAAACCAUUGAGAGAGAAGUAUGAAUUGACUGAUCAGAUGGUUCUUCGUUUCUUAGCCAAAGCCGCCGCCAAGAAUGUUUUGGAACCAAUGAGAACUUUCAAUGAUGAGACUCGUCGUUCACUUGAAACCACCGUCGAUUGGCUCCGUGAGUACGCGUGCUCUCGUAGUUACGGUCUUGGAACCAAACUUCCAUGGGAUACCCAAUAUCUUAUUGAAUCUCUCUCCGAUUCCACCAUCUAUAACGCCUACUACACGGUUGCUCACCUUCUUCAGCAAGGAGCAUUCGAUGGAUCUGUUGUUGGACCAGCUGGAAUCAAGGCCGACCAGAUGACAGAUGGCUCUUGGAGUUAUGUGUUUCUCGGGGAGGUUUACGACUCGAAGACCAUGCCAGUAGAGGAGGAGAAGCUGAAAUCUCUCCGAAAAGAGUUCAUGUACUUGGAAAUCUCUGAAUUCCAGAAAGCCAAACUUCCCUGA